AUGAUGCUAUACAAAAUAGUCGUUCUGGGAGAGGGCGGUGUUGGAAAAACGUCUCUUACAAUACAAGCAUAUGACCCAACUAUAGAAGAUUCAUAUCGAAAGCAAGUGAUCAUUGAUGAACUACCUUGUGUCCUAGAAAUAUGGGACACUGCUGGACAAGAACAAUAUAUAGCUCUACGCGAUGGAUGGAUCAGGGAGGGUGAAGGUUUUCUACUUGUAUAUUCUAUAACUUCGAGAUCGACUUUUGAGCGAAUAGAACUAUUACAUGAUCAAAUUAGACGUGUAAAAGACAAUGUACCAGCUCCAGUUAUGCUUGUUGGUAAUAAGUGUGACAAAAUAACCGAGCGUGAAGUUUCAAGAGAAGAAGCCAUGAAUUUAGCAAGAAGGCUCAAGUGCGACUUUAUAGAGAGUUCUGCAAAAGCAAAUACUAAUGUGCACAAGGCAUUUUACGGUGUGGUUAGAAUGAUAAGACGGAAUAGGGAACAGAAUAGAGAAAUUUUAAAAAAAAGAAAGAAAACGAAGUGUAUAAUUUUAUGA